AUGCCGUCGGAUAGAGAGGCUAAGAAGAUCGAUGCCCUCGCUAAAAAGGCCUACUUUUCUUCGGCCCUGGGGAUGAGAGUAGCCAAUUACAACGUGUGUAUGGGCACAUACAUACAAUGGCUCAUGGAGAAGAUCUCCCCUCUCAUUCCUGACCUUCCCGACGACUCCCAAGGCAUCCUCUCCGAGGUUCGGGACGAGGCUCAUUCAAUUGGCAGCUGGAUCAUCACAUCGGCAAGACAUUCUACUGACUGUGCCGCGAAAUCCAUGUCAGCAGCCAUCGCCUUGCGGAGACAUGCAUGGUUGAGGUCCUCCGAUUUGAACCAGAAUGCCCGCUCCACAAUCGAGGACAUGUCCUUCGAUGAAGAUGGCCUCUUCCACCGCGAAACGGACGAGAAGUUGAACUUCAAGUAUAGGAUGAGGACCGCGGCCAAGAAACACGGGCCUGUGGUUUGCGACGAUCGACCUAAAGGACGCCUACUUCCACGUCAGCAUCCGCGAGAGUCACCGCAGAUUCUUGGCCUUUGCCGUCGGGACCGACGCCUACAAGUACAACGUCCUCCCCUUCGGUCUGUCCACAGCCCCUCGAGUUUUCACCAAGUGCAUGGCACCUGUAGUAUCCCAUCUACAUCGCCGGGGCAUCAGAGUCUUCCCGUACCUGGACGACUGGCUGCUGGUGGCGCCAUCGGACCAAGAGCUCAGCCGUCACAUUGCCGAAACCUUAGAGCUCCUACGAAGUCUGGGACUGGUCGUGAACCUCGAGAAGUCUCAACUACUGCCCUCCAGGAGCAUAAGGUUCGUCGGCUCGACCCUCGACUCAAACACUUGUGUCGCAUCCUUGCCCUCCGACCGUUUUCUAGCUCUCACCUGAGCCAUCGGAAGAUGUGUCGGCCGAAGAAGAGUAGUUGCCAGGGACGUCCAGGUAGCCCUAGGGCAUAUGGCGUCAACAACCUUCGUAACACCGUGGGCAAGACUCCGGUCCCGACCUCUCCAGUCCUGGUUUCUUUCCGCCUUCGACCCAGAGACAGACCACCCGUCACGUCAUCUCACGAUCCCGAGACCAGUCGCUCGCUCCCUCCGCUGGUGGCUCGACUCCCGGAACGUUUGCGCCGGCAUGCCUUUUUCUCAACCCCAGCCGGAGGUUGUGCUGACCACCGACGCAUCAGAGGACGGAUGGGGAGCCCACACCACGGACUUGUGGGCCAAAGGCCAGUGGUCCCAGGACGAAAAGAGGCUGCACAUCAAUGCCCUGGAGCUGCUGGCGGUACAGAAGGCUCUAAGGGUCUUCAAAUCCUCUCUAUCCGACAAGGUUGUUCAGCUCAGGACGGACAACACCACCGUCAUGUAUUACCUGAACAAACAGGGAGGAACCAGAUCUCGUACACUACUCGACAUCACACUCGAGGUCUGGGACUGGUGCAUAGACCGGAACAUCCUACUCCAGGCAGUGCACCUGCCGGGUAUCCAGAAUGA